UAUAAAAUAUCCGUAGUUAAUUCAUGGCAAUGUCUGCAAAGGUUCUGUUUCUCAUGUUGUAAUUUGUCAAGGAAUAUCUUGAACAGGUGACCGUCCAUUUAUCUACUUCAGUCAUGGGGAAUGAGGUACAGAGAGCAGCGGAGGCAGCAGCUGCUGCGGCAGGCUUAGAUGCUUCAGACCUUGGCGGUGAGAUGGACUUUGAAAAACUGAUGCAACUUCUGGGUCAAGAGAACAGUGGCCAACAGUUCGCAGAUUCAUCAGACUCAGAUGGCGAGGAAGACAAAGAUGAAAAGAAGAAGAAGAAGAAGAAAAAAAAAGCUGACAUUGGAAUAAGCGAUGAUGACCUCUACAGACAGCUGAAGGACAAUGCAGCACAAGGGCAGACCACAGGGGCUGAGGCUUUAAUUAUGUGUGCUGUGAUGGGACGCAGUGCGUUGAUAGCUAGGCUUCUCAAUGAAAAUCUCAGUGUCAAUGCUCAGGACAGGGAAGGCCGAACAGCUCUGAUGAUGGCAUGUGCAGUGGGCAACGAGAAUUCUGUACAGCUGCUGUUAGAGCGUAGGGCAAACACUAACUUGGUGGACAAUCAUGGGAACCCUGCCCUUCUUGUGGCUCUUGUUGCCAAACAAGAAAAUCUGGCACGAGAACUAAUUGACCAUGGAGCCGAAAUCAAUGUGAAAAACAAUAACCAUGACACCCCUCUGCAUGUUGCUUCUGGGAAAGGCUUGAAUGAUAUUGUCAAACUGUUGAUUAAAAAGGGAGCGGAUGUUAAUGCAAAAGACCUCAGACAAUGGACACCGCUGAUGCAAUGUAGCCAGCACAAUCUGUACGACACUGUUCAGAUCCUUGUCGAUGCAGGGGCCAAUGUUGAUGAGACUCAGGUAUCAGGUGGAAGUGCCUUAGAGAUCAGUGCUCACAACGGCCACGUGGAAAAUGUGAAGAUCCUCCUGAAGGCAAAUGCAGAUAUCAAUCAUGCUAGUAAACCAGGGUGGACACCUCUAGCUUCUGCUGCUGGUCAAGGACAUUCACAGGUGGUGAGCAAGCUCAUUAAAUACGGCGUUGAGCUGAAUCCAACAGACAAGCAGGGAAGGACUCCGCUUUUCCAGGCUGCGUUACAGAGUCACAGGAACGUUGCUGAAAUUUUAUUGAAAGCAGGAGCUCACCCAGACAUCACUGACAACAAGGGAAGCACGCCGCUGAUGUGUGCUUGUCAGGAAGGUAACAUUGGGAUCGUAGAGAUUCUACUAGACCAUAGUGCUGAUGUCCUGCUGACUGACUAUGAAGGAUUGACCGCACUGUACAUGGCAGUACAAGGCAAGCACAGACAGAUUGUGAGAACGCUGCUGUCUCAACACGACUGGCCAUUCCCUGGGAUAAACUUGAGGGUGAAAAAAGGCACAUCUCUUCUACUCCGAGCUGUAACCAGCGGAAACCGUGAUGUCACAAGGAUGAUAAUUGAGGCCGGUGCUGAUGUCAAUCAAACCGAUGAUGACGGCAAAACCCCUCUGUUGGUGAGCAGUCACCAAGGUUACCUUGAAGAUGUACGGAUGCUUCUAAAUGCUGGGGCCAGGCCGAAUGAAUGCGAUGAUGAUGGUGACUCACCCCUAAUGAUGGCUGCCUUGAAAGGUCAUCUGGAAAUUGUUAGAUUGCUGUUGAGUUAUGAAGCCUCUGUGCAUUUAUCCAACACAAAUGGAAGGACAGCUCUCAUGAACGCUGCCUACAAUGGACAUGAAGAUGUGGUAGAGUUACUGUGUGAGUGUAAGCCUGACCUUAACGCUGUAGAACAUAACGGAUGGAACGCUCUCAUGUUGGCAACUCAGUUCGGACACUCAAAAGUGGUGAGAUACUUGCUAAGUAAGGAUGUCCCCUGUGACAUGCGCACUAAGAAUGGCUUAACUGCUCUUGGCAUAAGUGCAGGCAAUGGGAAGUUUGACUGCGUCCUGGCUCUUGUUGACAAAAAUGCCGAUGUUGAUGCUAUGGAUGAGAAUGGCAGCACACCUCUUAUUUUGGCAUCUGGAAAAGGUCACUGUCGUGUCGUGGAACUUCUUCUGAAUAACCAUGCAAAUGUUGAUGCAUCCAACAGUAAAGGGCAUACCGCCCUUCUUCUUGCGGCACACAAAGGGUUUGACAACGUUGUUCAGUUCCUUCUGAACAAAGGUGUCAAAGUAAAUGUGGCUGACUGUGAUGGGGAUUAUCCAAUCCACACUGCUGCUUUGAAUGGACAUCUUACAAUUGCCAAAGCUCUCAUUGAAGCAGGUGCCCGAAUUGACGUAGUAGAUAAAAAACAGCGAACUCCACUGAUGAAUGCUGCUCACAAGGGGGACCACGAGUUGGUGAGUUUACUGAUCAGCAAAGGCGCUAGUGUACACCAGCCAGGAGCGGAUGGCUGGACCCCGCUCAUGCUGUGCACUCAAUAUGGACACAAAGACUGCAUGCGGGUCCUGAUUGACAACGGAGCUGAUAUUGAAUCUGUUGAUAAAGCUGGAAAUACUGCUCUGAUCAUUUGCUCUGCCAAUGGCCACAAAAAAGCUGUUUGUAUGCUAUUGGAGCAUAAUGCCAACCUCAAUGCCCAGAACAAUAAAGGCCAGACUGCUUUGAUGGUGAGUACAAACAAUGAUCAUUUAGAGAUUGUUCAGUUUCUCCUAAACCAUACGUCUAAAGUUGAAGGCCAGGAUGUAAAAGCAAAUCUGGAACUGCAUGAAUAUGAAAGACUUGACACUGCGCUUAUCAUCGCCGCUCGUCGAGAGAGAACCUCCAUAUUGAAAGUUUUGCUGGACCAAGGAGCAGAUGUCAAUACACAGAACAGACACAACAGUACAGCCCUCAAUAUCAGCUCUCAGUAUGGCUACAAGAACAUUGUUGAAGACCUGUUGGAAAGAAAUGCUGAUGUGAAUUUGACUGAUUCAGAUGGGGAUACACCCCUCUUGAGCUGCUGUCUAAAUCCAGGGAAUCACUUGGUUGUCAAGUCACUUUUGACCAAAGGAGCUGACGUACAUGUCGUCAACGGAAACAAUGAAAGUGCUCUAUUUUUGAGUGCCAAAAAUGGCUGUCGUCGGAUUGUUGAGCUAUUGUUGAGCCAUGCAAAGUAUGAGCCCCAUCAGCUUGAGCAGGCCAUCAAUGCUGCCAGAAACAAAGGUCAUCAAGCAAUUGUGGAAAUGCUGAAGAAUGAAUCGGAGUCUAUCACAGCUAAAACCACACCUGCCGGGGAUACAGGUGCAGAAGAUGAUGCCCCGAGCAGUCCGCCUUGUGAUAAAGGUGCAACUGCUGAGGACAAAGACAAUGAGGAUGGUGUACUAGAUGACGGGAAAGAUGAAAGCUGGAGAUCUGAAGCUCCAAAUCUUUUCAAACUUGAUGUGCAUUACUCUUCUAGUGAAGCAAGCCAAGAAAAUGUGGUUGAAGUCUUAAAUACUGCUAUCAGCGCACUAGAACACCAGCAGUCACCCAGGAGCAGAAAAUCUAGUAUGUCAUCACACCGAUCCAAUGAUGGUCGAUUCAGAAGAAGGCCAAGCCACGGUCCUUCAUCCCAGUACAGUGAAGCUAACGCCAAUGAGUCACGAAUUCUACUCAACGUCAACGUCUACAAAUACAACAUUGCUCAAGCAGAGUCUGUGGUCACUGGAAGUAAUUCCAGAAUCAUAAAGGCAGCGCAUUCUGAACAUGUGAACAAGGGUCAUAAGCCAAAAUAGUUGUAAAGCGGAGCAUUAUCUAGGGGUUUGUUGCAGGCACAGCUUUAAGCUUUGUCAGGUUUGUUCUUUUCUGUUAAAAACCUCUGGUGUAGGCCUAAGUGUGACUUGAAUUUGUACAGAAACAGAAAAGUACCUUUGAAUGUCAUUAUAUGAAGUAAGACAUGUAUUGUAAUAUUAUUCAAGAACACAAUGUACGUUGAUGGUUUUCUUUCCUCUCUGCUGAGUACCCUGAUGGAGGACCAACUGUUUUUUUCCUUGAGAUGUCCUACAUUUUGUUUAGUUUCUGCGGCGAGUUGUGGCGUUCGUUCGUGAACAUUUAUUUCAAGUUGUUUGCUAUUCUUUCAUUUACUUAACUCUCUCACCAUGUCAACUACAUUGUGUCUAGUAGGGUGUUACACAAAACAAUCAGAGGAAGUAAUUUUGAAUAUUUUUCACCAUCAUUGUUGAUUAUUAACGAAAAAAUGUGCAUGUGAGAUGCUGUUAAGAAUUUAAUCUUAAUGGAUCUUUGCAUAAGUUCUUUGCAGUUUCAUUUUAGGGAAGUUCGGAAAGUAAGAAGCGCUUCGUCAUUUUUUAUCAUGAUUUUUUUUUUUACCUCUUUAUGUUGGCCAAAUAAUACCAAACAUUUUUGGCAAAACAAUUCAUUCUGAGAGUUUUAAUCAAUGUCUUCUCUAAACGUUUUGCUUAGCUUUUGUUUGAUGCUUUUGCUCUUUUUAAAAUACACUAUGUGUGCUGUGAAUCUACUCAAUUUAGAAGGAAUUGAGAUAUAUAAUAAUUUGAUGAUUUCUUGGUUCUUAUGUUUGAUAACAAAACUAAUUGGUAUUUAUUUAUGCUAUUCUUUUUCAAAUAUAUGUACAAUAUCAUUUGUUUCCAUUAUUCUUCAGUCUGGUAGCGGUGAAAGAGGGAAAUCUGGGAAAAAUCGGGUAUAAAAAUAGCUAUGUCCCAAAUAUUUUUAAAAAAAUUGAUGUGUUAGUUUAAACUCAUGUUUUUCUUAAUAAAUAAUUGGUAUGACUCCUAUUUUAGAAGACCUUUUGUAAAACUUAAUGACUGGAAAUAACUGCACCGUGGUUUUUGUUGUGUGGAUAGCAAAGACUUGGAUCAGCAUUUCAACUGACUUUAUUUAACGCUUUUUAACCGAUAGUCUAUACAUUGAUUUUUAAAGAGAAAUUAUUUACUCUUGAUUUAUUUUUCUUCUGCUUAUAUUGCCACUUAUUUUGAAUAAUAGAAACUAGAAUUCUUUUAACUGGGAUUGUUCUGUUGGACUGCUAUAAAAUGCACCCUGGUGUUGCAACUUUUCCUUUCUUUUUAAUCUUAUUAAGCACUUCAUAUCAUGCUACUGUUUCAAUCUAAACAUAAUAUCUUUAUUUUCGUUGUUACGUGCAUUAAAGUCUAUUCGUAAUGUGCAAUCUUUUUUAUGGCUGCAAGGCAUAUUACAUUGUAAAGCAACCUGUGAUUUCUACUGUUUGUUUACAGAAUUGUAUAAGUCUACGUGAAGCGAUUAGAUGUGAUGUGAUGGAACAUUAGUGAGCCCUUAUGGCCAACUACAGAUUUAAAUGGACAGCUGGUGUUAUUUUUGGACGUCUAUCUUUCUUGUCUUUCAACAACCGGAUGUCUUGCUGACGAAAACAGCAGCCCACGGAGCAACGCCAAAAUACCAGUUCUAUCAUUUUUCAGUUCACCACUGACCAGGACCGUCGACUUAAUGGAAAAGAAAGGAAGGAAUAAGCAAAA